AGCCACAGUGCGGCAGGAGAACCGCAACAAGCGAGGAAAAGCAGAGGGGAACCAACUUGUGUUUGAAAACAAAGACUUGAAUGGGAAUCGGAAUGUUUUUUCUCUCUAUCUGAAGAAAAUAAGCGCCUUUCUCAAUGAGAUUCUUCUGAAAUAGUUUGACAGCUAUUAGGCGAACCCCAUUUCAACGGGGGCGUAUUCAUUACGCCGAUUCUGUUACAAAACUUUUCUUAAAAGUAAGCAAACGGAACGAAACGGGGAGGGACCUACCUGAAUUUCUACAAUAGAAACUCUGUUCGGACUAAUGAUUACAACCCAGGUAGCAGCAGAAUGGCUGAAAAAUACAGGCAGAGUCGCUGAUUCAUAUUGAUUUGAAGGAGAUAGACAAUACCAUACCGAUGGUUUGCAGUCAACGCUCCAUGUCUCCUCCAACGAAUUGUACAUUUACAUAGACAAUUGAAGGCUGGCAAAUCAAGUAACGUUUGGUGCAUUCAAUUUCAUUGGUGGGAUGUCAUCGACUUAUAUUGCUACAUAGUUAGUAAUCAUUGGGUUUGCCGAAGGCUGUUGACACUUCAGGGUGUUAUGAUGGGUGAAGUGACGGACGCCAGGGAAAUUAAAAAUACCUUUAUUGUUCCCACAAUAAAGUCUUCUGAUCACUAUGAUUGUUCUCGAGCAAAAAUCUGCUGUAGCCUCACGUGGCUGGUGGACAAAGCAUUUGGGACAGACAGUGUCCCGGCCGACCUGAAGGAGCCCUUCUACACAGACCAGUAUGAACAGGAGCAUCUGAAGCCUGCAGUCGUCAGCCUACUGCUGUCUGCUGAGCUCUACUGCAGAGCCGGGAGCCUCAUCCUGACGAGUGGAGGUCAUCAUGCUGUCACCCAGCCCCUGGUUGGUCACCAUGCUGUCAUCCAGCCCCUGGUUGAUCACGAUGCUGUCAUCCAGGCCCUGGCCCAGAAGGGACUCCACGUCACAGACCAGACGAGGCUGGUUACUGAGAGAGACCUCUGCAAGAGGCCCCUACAGAUGAGUGCCCACCUGGCGAUGAUGGACACGCUGAUGAUGGCGUACACGGUGGAGACGGUGAGCGUGGAGAAGGUGGUGGCGUGCGUCCUCCAGUACUCCUCCCACCACGAUGAAGAUGCAGACACACCGUACGACACCGAGGACGCCAUGACCAGCUGGAUCAACAAGGUAAAUGAGUAUUUGAAGGAUAUCAUUGGUCAGGAGCGGAGGAGAGAAAGGCAGAGUGCUGAGCCUGUUGGCAGGCCAGGGACUCGCUAUAGGAAGGCGCAGCAGACUGUGGCCCAGCAGGUGCCCUGGAUCCCCCCUGUCGAUAACCUGCUGAAGGACACCACUGACGGCUGCGCCCUGGCCGCUCUGCUGCACUUCUACUGCCCACAGCUAGUCAGACUGCAAGAUAUCUGUCUGAAGGAGCGUAUGUCACUGGCGGACAGCCUGUACAACCUGCAGCUGGUGCAGGACUUCUGUCAGGAGCAUCUGAACCGCUGCUGCCACUUCAGCCUGGAGGACAUGGUGCACGCCUCCUCGUCCCUCAAAAAUAACUACCUUGUGUUCCUGGCCGAGCUGUUCUGUUGGUUUGAAGAGGUGAAGCCCUCCUUUGUACAACCAAGAGUUCUGGAUACUGAAGAGCCAGCCCUCACAUCGUUGAGGAACAUUCCCUCAGUUCCCAUCUCCAAUGUCACCAAGCAGAGCUUCAUGGAGAGACCGCCCAGCCCAGAACCACCCAGUCUGCCUCUCCGGCCUCAACCUAGGAACUCAGGUGAAAUGAAGAGAUCCACCUCAAUGUCCUUUGUGGAUGGCUGCGUAGGAACCUGGCCCAAGGAGAAAAGGUCCGGUCCUUACGGGGUAUCCUUCGACAUUCCCUUCGACAAAGAGGACACCCAGACGUCUACUCCCCCCGGCCAUGGCAUAACUCGCUCUACCAGCACAGAGGGCUUCAAGGUCCACCAAAUGCCCCGGGGCAUGAAGAGGAACCUGUCCUUCCAGCCCAUCAAUGGGCAGGGCAUGGGCAUUGAGGAGGAGGGCUGCCCAGACAGCCUAGCAGGCCCCGAUCUGCCAAGACAGCCUGGCAGACCUCAACCCAAUGGCUCAUCAGCCCUGGAUGGGCAUGGAAAAGGUGCAGCCAUCCCCAGCAUGGAGGAGGCCCUCCAGAUCAUCCACAACACCGGGAGGAAGCCCCCACAAUGCCCCCUGACGGAGGGUAUCAACCAUGGCUUUUUCCUGCACAGUCAAAACCGGGGCAGAGGUGUAGUCGGCCUGGACCCCAAGGCCCAACAGGAGAACAUGGACCUGGACUCACUGAACACCACAGAGGUGGACACAGACAUCCACUUGAGGACGGAGGACAUCGCUGAGAUGCUGGACGAGGACUCUUCGCUGGGGGAAGCUACGAGCAUGGAGCUGGACAUGGACACACUCAGUCCCUGCCCCAGCAGCUCAAGCUAUGGCAAAUCUCCCUCCACUAGCUCCGGCAUCAAGAUGACCAGCUUCGCAGAGCAGAAGUUCCGGAAGCUCAGCAACCACGAAUCAGGGAGAAGAAGAAGCAGCAGCAGUGGGGGCGGCAGCUCCCUCAAGACCACCCCCGAGGGCUCGGAACUGGGCCUCCCCCUGUCCGUCUCCUGGGCACCCACCCCAGAGCACAGCCCCGUCCAUCAACAGAGCAUGCCCCUUACCCAAGCCCCUCCCACUGGGCCAGCCCAGGCCCCUCCGCCUAGUGACCCGGCUCAGGCCAUGGCAACGGAGAUGGUUCAGCUGCGCAUGCGCCUGGAGGAGAAGCGAAAAGCCAUUGAGACGCAGAAGAAGAAGGUGGAGGCAGCGUUUACGCUUCACCGCCAGAGGAUGGACCACUCCGCUUUCCUGGACGUGGUCAAGAGGAAGGCCGACGGUGCCUCAGUAGGUGGAGGAGAGGAGGAAAGGGGGAAGAUAACUGCAGAGAAGGAGAGGAAAACUGGGAGGAGCAAAGCGGACACGCCUGACGGGGUCGAGCAGGGGCAGGCGCCCUUCGGGGUCUGCUGGCUGAAAUCCCCAGGACGAAGUACGGGAGAAGAGGGAGGUCAAGGUCCCAGCGAGGUUGAUCUAGCGAACUACACACGCUCCAUGGAGAAGCUCAACCACUCACUGGGCUUCCUGCAGAUGGAGAUGCAGCGCCUGGCCCAGCAGCAGGAGGUCAUCAUGGCCAUGAGGGAACAACGGCAACAACAGGCCUGGGUCAUUCCCCCUCCCGAGACCCAGCCCUCACCCCAGAAAUAUGCUUGCGCCUCUGUCCGCUCCUCCGACUCGCCCUCCCCGGCAGACUCGCCCCGCUCCGCCCACCGCUCGCCCACCAGCAUCAAGAGGAAGUCGGCCUCCUUCCACUCACGGAACCCCCGCACGCCGCGCCCCAGCGAGCUUAAGCUGGCCCCCUAUAACCGCUGCCUGAAGGCGCCUCAGUCCGUGGACAGCCUCCCCCGCCUGCGCCGUUUCUCCCCAUGUCAGGCCAUGGCCUUCACCUACAUGGGGGACAAACCCACCGGUGAAACCCCUGCGACCGGAGACAGGGACACUGAGCAUAUGCUAUCCCCAGAGAGAGAGGCUGUUAGUGCAUCGUCACCCUCCUCCCCAGCCAAAAACAACCAGAGAACACAACAAGGGACACUAGAGAUUUCCAAGAAGGAUGAUGAGAAGGAAAUGGAAGAGAAGAUGCACAACGACAAAAUGGAGGAGAUCAAACCCAUAAUAGUAUCAACCGUAUCUGAAGUGCUGGCCCAGCCAGUGAAAGAGUCCUUUACAGUCACCCCCACAGAGACCCCCCUUAUCUCAGACAUGUUUGGCCAGGCCAGAAGCAACCUGAUUGAGGUGCCUCUGUACGUGCUCAAGCCCCUGGAGGGAGAGGGGAUGGAGGAGAGUGAAGACAUGCAGGGGACCUAUGGCGAUGACGAGAAAAUGUCCUGUGGCUUUUUCUUUAAGGGUGAGGGGAACAGGGAAGACAACAUGGCUCAGAAGAGGGCUGCUCUCCUGGAGAAGAGGCUGAAGAGGGACAAGGAAACGCAGCAGAAGAAGCUGCAGCAGGAGGCGGAGCUAGAGCGGAAGAAGGAGGAGUCACGAGUGAAAGCGGAGGAAGAGCACGUGAGGAAGGAAGAUGAGAAAACUCGCCGGGAGUUAAUCAAGCAGGAGUACCUGAGGAGGAAGCAGCUCAAGCUCAUGGAGGACAUGGACAUGGUGAUGAAGCAGCAGCGGCCGUCCGGCGCCAAGCAUAGGAGAGCCCGGCCCAAGUCCAUCCACCGGGACAGCAUGGACUCCUCCAGAACCCCAGCCAGGGCAGCAGUGCCCAGCUUGUCUCUGGCCUCUCUCAACCUGGGGGACAGCUCGUCUCUGGCCUCUUUCAACCUGGGGGACAGCGACACUGUGCAAUCUGAGAAGAGAACACCUAGGCCUGAUUCUGCAGAUGGUUUUCUGUCCCCUUGUCGAUCUGGGAGCCGGAAUGGGGAGGACGAUUGGGAGAAUGGCUCCACUGCCUCGUCUGUGAAAUCAAACACCGAGUACAGCGGGCCCAAACUGUACAAGGAGCCGAGUGUCAAAUCGAACAAGCAUAUAAUCCAGAACGCGCUAGCCCACUGCUGCCUGGCGGGCAAGGUCAACGAAGGUCAGAAGAACAAGAUUGUGGAGGAAAUGGAGAAAUCAGAAGCAAACAACUUCCUGGUGUUGUUCAGGGACGGGGGUUGCCAGUUCCGCUCCCUGUACGUAUACAGCCCCGAAACGGACGAGGCCACCAAGUUGAUCGGCAUCGGGCCCAAGAGUAUUAUGAGCAAGAUGAUCGAGGGCCUCUACAAAUACAACUCAGACAGGAAGCAGUUCAGCCAGAUUCCCGCCAAGACCAUGUCGGCGAGUGUGGAUGCCAUCACGAUCCACGGCCACCUAUGGCAAACCAGGAAACCAGCCACCCCCAAGAAAGUGUUACCUGCCAAGUCCUAAUGGAACUUACCGUACACUCCCAGCCACCCCUGCCAUUUCCCUUCAAAUGGAACAGUCCACAUUCAAUUUGCACUUCACUGUACAUAUCCAUGAGGAUUCAGCACCUGCAAUGUCAGUUAGAUGAACGCAUACUUCUUGUAUUAUUAUUUUCUCUCUCUCUCUUUUCAUUCCUGUCCAUUUUCCUUUUGAAAUUCCAAACUGACACGGGGACUCAGUUAAAGAUAUGCACAACUGGAAUGUAAAACACUAUUUAAUAUGUGUAAAUGAAUGUCACUGAUCUGUUUAGUGCAAGAGAUUGUCUGAUUUCGAGUAAUUUUAUUACAGCACGCGAGUGUAUGUGGGUUUUUUUGCCCAAAGAGAGACAAAAAGGAGAAGGUAUGAAUACCAUACAAUGUUUUAUUUGGGACACUGAAGCACUGAAUGUUACUCAUCUGUUCAAAUGUGUGGCCUUACGCUUGUUUUUUUUAUGUCAGUGCAAUAUGCUGAUAGUAAAACUAUACCUUAGAGAGACUUUUCUAUGCUAAGGUGAGAAUGCUUUUUCCCCCCCAUGUUUUCGGGUUCAAAUGCAACAUACGUCUGCAUAAGCUAUACACAAGAUUGAGGGCCAAAAAAAGAAAAGUAAAAUACCUUGCAGCAAGCAUACAGCUAGUGUUAUCCACACAAUACAGCUAUCAGUCCGAUAUAGUAUUCUACAACUACGACAAGUGUAUUUAUAUAUCUUUUUGUUUAGCUUAUUCCUCAUAAAGUGUUAAACCAGACUGAACUUCCUUGAUGCUGUGGGUUCAGAGCAGGUUUGUGAACCAAACUUAGAUUUGAGUUUAUUUUAUCUCCUUUCAAUUGUCACAAAAUGGACCAGAUUUGGUGAAAUCUCAGAUACGUCUGUCUGUAAUGAUUUGGACCAUUUGAAAACGCUAAUACGUUUUAGAUUUAGUAUUACAAUUGUGACCAUAAAUCCAUUAUAUAGAACAUUGUUUUAAAGGAUUGCGAUUUAGAUUUUGUACUUUGAAAAUGGAAUGGCUGAUAAACAGUAGUUAUUGUUAAUUCUGUUUCAGUUGAUUAGUAGACCUCAAACGUUUUCAGAAUCCUCUCCUUUUAUAAAUUCUCAAUGUCAAAUGACUUAUCGCACCAGGCUAUGGUGACAUUAGGACACUGCUUGACACCAGGCUAUGGUGACAUUAGGACACUGCUUGACACCAGGCUAUGGUGACAUUAGGACACUGCUUGACACCAGGCUAUGGUGACAUUAGGACACUGCUUGACACCAGGCUACGGUGACAUUAGGAUAUGGAUUGACACCAGGCUACGGUGACAUUAGGAUAUGGAUUGACACCAGGCUAUGGUGACAUUAGGAUACUGCUUGACACCAGGCUACGGUGACAUUAGGACACUGCUUGACACCAGGCUACGGUGACAUUAGGAUAUGGAUUGACACCAGGCUACGGUGACAUUAGGAUAUGGAUUGACACCAGGCUAUGGUGACAUUAGGAUAUGGAUUGACACCAGGCUAUGGUGACAUUAGGAUACUGCUUGACACCAGGCUACGGUGACAUUAGGACACUGCUUGACACCAGGCUACGGUGACAUUAGGAUAUGGAUUGACACCAGGCUACGGUGACAUUAGGAUAUGGAUUGACACCAGGCUAUGGUGACAUUAGGAUAUGGAUUGACACCAGGCUAUGGUGACAUUAGGAUACGGAUUGAUAGUGAGAAAGACACCACUUAUGUAUUAUUUUGCACAUUCAUCAUGAGUAGAAAAAUCAAAAUAUGUCCUUUUCAUUUUAAAUCAAUUAUGUAUCACAUUUUGUGGUAGAUGCCACACUUCUUCUCUUCAAUAAACAUACUCUGGUAAGAAAAAGUACUUUUGAUAAAGUACUUUUUUAGAGACCCGUGAAGGCAGAAUGUGACAGACUUUGUUAGUACAUGUGGGUAGAGCCUUCAACACUUUCCUUUUGUCUUAAAACUACUCGAAAGGAGCCUCCUCAAGCAACAACUUAUGAAGGUUGGGGAUGAAGAUAUCUGACGUCAAAUACUAUACCCACACAUUGGUGUUUGGUUUUCACAGGGAUAUAUUUAAGGAAUUACCAAAAGACAAGUUGUAUAUGUCUCUGGAAAUGUAAAGAUUAUUAUAAUGUUAUUAUGAAGUUCCAGGAAUUUUGUAGAAAGGGAUAUUACAGUGGGACCACUGUCACAGUUGUUGUAUUUGACUGUUUAAGGUCAAGAUGAAUGGCUAUUUAAUUGUUUAGAUGGGUAUAAGUGGACAUUGUACAGGGCUGCCGUAAGUUCAUCUGUCCAUACUGACAAAGAACUGCUUCCAUUUUGUUUAUCAGACGCUGUGCUGUCAUUCAACCUACUGCUGAACAUUGUAGGUUGGGUUUGUUUCUCUUUUGCAUUGAAUAAAAUGAAGCAUGUCCUGAA